GAAGUGUCAGUCCGAAGCCCAGUUGCCUGCUGGUUUAGUGCUAUGCUCUGUUGCUUUGGUGGGUCAGUUUUGUCUUCACUGAUGCUUGCAGAGCCUCCAGUAGCCUUUCUGGCAAAGGACACAAACAUCCUGCUGGCAUCUUCAGUCUGGUAUCUUGUGUUUUACUGCCCACAAGACCUAUUCUGCCGGUGCUUUGCCUUUCUGCCUCUUCGCCUUCUGGUUGCAGGAAUGAAAGAAGUGACUCGGACUUGGAAGAUAACAGCUGGGGUUGCACAUGCACACGGACACUUCAAAGAUGCCUGGCUUGUCAUGGUAGCUGUGGGCUGGGCCAGAGGAGCUGGUGGUGGCCUAAUUUCCAACUUUGAGCAGCUGGUGAGAGGAUUGUGGAAACCUGAAACCAAUGAACUACUGAAGAUGUCCUACCCUGUAAAGGUCACUUUGAUAGGAGCAGUCCUUUUUACCCUGCAACACAGCCAGUACUUGCCAAUAGCAAGACACAACCUCGUGUUUUUAUACACCAUCUUUCUUGUCGUCACCAAGGCAGCAAUGAUGUUGACAAGAUCUGCAACUUCUCCAUUUGCUCCCUUUGAAGCUGCAUUAGGCCGUAUGUUCUUUGGCUUGCAAAAGACAACAUCCAAAGUGAGGGGUGAAGGUGCUGCGUCUUCCAAUGGCUCUUCAGUCUGCAACCGGUCUUCUUCUGAACAGCACCGUGAUGGUGUUAAGAAAAGACAGGCGAAGAAGACAGAAUAA